GUCCCUCUCUCGCAAAACUACCACUUCCAAUUCCAAGAUUCAGCGAAUUCAUCCAAUAUUUAAAACCGGGCAUCAAAUCCCAGUACCGUUUCCAUUCUUUGAGUAAACAAAUCCCAUAAAAAAAACAUCCAUCAUUUAAGCCAAAUUCUCCCGCUUUGGCCUCUUCUGGAGUGAUGACGAAGAAGACUCAGCUCAGCUCAGGUCCCUAGUUAGAUGUCAACAUAUUAUUUAAUGCUUGUAGGCAGAUUUUCCCUACCCUUUUCCAAUCUCUCUGACUUUUGAGCCUUUUCCCUCUGCAAUACGCAGUUAGGAAAGCCCCAAGAAGAAUAGACUGACUGCUAGCUGGAAUAUUUCUUUCUGAAAGAAAUCCUUUGUAGGAAGAGGUAAAGGGAAAGGGAAAGGGACAGAGUCCUUAUUGUUGCUUUGGAUUCUAGGGUUAAAUUCUCCCCCAAGAGAAGGACUUUAAUGCGGGAUCAGAUGGUGUGGUAAAAUGGGUUGUUUGAUGGAAUUUUGUGUGUUGUGGGCACUGCCCAUGCCUUUCACCCAGCUAAAGGGAUGCAAUAACUGUGAUGUGUCGGGAUGAGCAUUAAACAUUGGUUGUACAGACAAAAGAUUAGCUUGAGUUUGAAGUUGAGGAAUACCAUGAUGAAAUGCAUUUGUUCCGGGGAGCAAAUAUUAGCGGACGAAAAAAUAGCUUCAUCCGAGUCUCUUGCGACGCGCGACUAUUCUGCGAGCGGAUAUUCCUCCCGAGCGGGGGAGGUUGAGACAAAGGUCGACACCAGCAACAUUGAAGAGGCAGAAUCAUCCCUUCGUGAAAGUGGAUUCUUGAAUUAUGAGGAAGCGAGAGCAUUGUUGGGGCGGCUCGAGUACCAAAAAGGCAACGUGGAAGCUGCACUUCGCGUUUUCGAAGGGAUUGACAUUGCUGCAGUGAUUCCAAGAAUAAAGAUCUCCGUGGUUAGAAGAUGCGAACUUCCCAGACGUCAUUCUCAAAGCGACAAUGUCCCUCAAAUGUCAAUGCAUGCAGUUAGUUUGCUCAUCGAAGCCAUAUUUCUCAAAGUAAAAUCACUGCAGGCUCUCGGAAGGUACACAGAAGCUGCUCAAUCAUGUAAAGUAAUAUUGGAUACAUUUGAAACUGCUAUACCGGACGGCUUGCCCGAAAACUUUGCAUCCGAUUGUAAACUGAUGGAUACGCUGAGUAAGGCUGUGGAGCUACUACCCGAGUUAUGGAACCUUUCCUAUGCUCCCCAAGAAGCCAUCCUCGCCUACAGACGGGCGCUACUUUACCAGUGGAAUCUCGACACAGAAACCAGAUCCAAAAUCGAAAAAGAUUUUGCUAUUUUUCUUCUUUAUAGCGGUCAUGAUGCAAGCCCACCGAAUCUCCGGUUGCAGAGGGAGGGUUCAUUUGUGCCCAAGAACAAUGUCGAAGAAGCUAUUCUCUUGUUGCUACUAAUUCUCAAAAACAUUACGCUAGAGAGAAUUGAAUGGGAUCCUUCGAUCUUGGAUCAUCUCGGGUUUGCUCUAUCUGUAGGCAGCGAGUGCAGGUCCCUUGCUGGCCAGAUCGAAGAGCUAGCUCCCGACACCCUUGAGAGCAAGGAUAAGUACACAUCUCUUUCCCUUUGUUACCAUGCCGAAGGUGAUGACAUGGUUUCUCUGAAUUUGUUGAGGAACAUUUUGAAUAAUCGAGAGAAUCGUGACAAUGGCUUCGAACUAUUACUUGCUUCAAAGAUUUGUGCAGAGGAUUCGGGCUCUCUUGAGGAAGGUUUGAGCUAUAUCCGCAAGCUGUGUGCUCGAUCGGAAACAUGUUACCAUAGGACUAGCUAUGCAAACUACUUGCUAGGGGUUUCGCUGUCUGCCCAAUCUCGGAGCACCGGGUCCAAUUCCCAGCGGAUCUUGAGGCAAUCCCAGGCGCUGGAGGCACUCGAAACUGCUGAGGAGAUGAGCGAUGGGAGGAAUCCCAGCAUAUUAUAUUCGCUAAGUCUGGAGAACGCUGAGCAGAGGAAGCUGGACUCAGCUCUCCAUCACGCCAAGAGGUUGUUGAAACUGGAAGCCGGAUGUAAUGUGGAGAGCUGGAUUCUUCUUGCUCGAAUCUUGUCUGCCCAGAGACGGUAUGUGGAUGCUGAGAACAUGAUCGAUGCUGCGCUUGAUGAAUCCGGGAAAUGGGAACAAGGCGAGUUGCUGCGCACCAAGGCAAAACUGCAGAUUGCUCAGGGAAAUCUGAAGGAUGCGAUCGACACAUAUACAAAACUUCUUGCAAUUCAUCAAGUCCGGAGAAAGAGUUUCCGACUGCAAAAGAAGCCCAUAAAAUUUUGGUUGCAGGGUAAGAAGAGCAACGAUGUGAGUAGUACGGAGCUGGAGACAUGGCACGAUCUGGUGAAGGUCUAUACUAGCUUGUCUCAGUAUCAUGAUGCCGAGAUAUGCCUUUCGAAGUCGGAAGCAAUCAAUCCUCACUCAGCUUCAAGGCUACAUUCUGCAGGUUUGCUCUUGGAAGCUAAAGGUCUGCACAAAGAAGCUCUAAAGUCGUUUGAGAAGGCGCUGGACAUGGACCCCAAUCAUGUCCCGAGUUUGAUAUCAACUGCGGCUGUCCUGAGACAAAUCAGCAACCAGUCGAUGCCAGUGGUUAAGAGCUUUCUGACUGAUGCAUUGCGGCUUGACAGGACAAACUCGGCUGCCUGGUACAACCUUGGCCUGCUGUACAAAAGCGAAGGCAGUAGUGCCCUGGCAAUGGAGGCAGCCGAAUGCUUUGAGGCUGCAACACUGCUUCAAGAAUCCGAGCCGGUGGAGCCUUUUAGAUGAAGAGGUCUGCAACAUCAUCACAUACAGGAUUGCAACAUAAAAUCAAUGUCAAUUGUAUUUUCUAGUCAUUAAUGCCUGCCAUGAAAGCUUUUUUAGUCACAAAGAUCGCAUUCGAUCUCCUAUUCCAAGCAUCGUCAUACAUAUUUUGACAUGAGAAUAAACAAUGUCAACAUGUAGAAACAAGGAAUUCUCAAAGAAGAAAGCUGCAAAAUGGCAAUGAAGAAAACAUCUGCUAGUGUAAGGAGAUGCACAGUUUGAAAUUUAUUUCUUGUUGAGAUCGA